AUGCGUUAUUCCGUGAUCAACUCAUUUCUGAUAUUUCUAAAAUUCAAAAUGAUAGCAGUUUGCAUACUUUACGUGUUACAAAUCUCAAUACUUAUCUUAAACGUCUUAAUAUUGUGUACAACGAAGGCGGUGAAGCGGCCGAGUGAGACGAAGCAAGCGUUGGCGUCGACGACGACAGCGGUGGCGACGCCGGUGAAGUCGGAGCCGAAGACACCCGAGAUGUCAAGACCAUCGACUCCGGCGCCUAGUAGCGAUACGGCCGGUACUCCGAUCGAGCCGCCGCAGAAAACUGAGACGGCGAAGAAGAAGAAGAAAGAGGAGGAGUUGGGAGUGGAACGAACGCAACCUGACGAGGAGCAUGAAAAUGAGAAAUUGCCAAAGACAAUUACUAAAACGCAUCCGAAGAGCAAAGCUGAAAGAACGUUGAAGGAUGUGAACGAGGUGUCUGCUGUUAGCAAUGUUGCUGGAGAGACAUCUGCGAAUAACGACUUUGACGAUUAUCUGAAUAGUCUUGGCGCCCCGUCGAAAACCGCUCUUUGA